AUGGAAACGCCAUGUUGUGAUGCACCAGUUAUCACUAACCAGCAGACUCAGAAGUACCCUCAUCUUCAGAAUGUCUCCAUAGUAGAAGCUCCUAAUGAAACGAUAGACAUUCUUCUUGAUGUUGAGAACUCAGACAUACUUGCCACAGAAGAACGUAUGUCAAGCAAUGAUGCCAACGACCCGAUUGCAGCCAGAUGUCCUUUGGGGUGGUACGUCCAAGGUGGCCGAAUUUCAAACGAGUCCUUAGCCAAUGCUGUUGUCAAUUUCUCUCUGGUGUCUGCCGUAGGCGAACUUGAAGAUUUCCUGGGUGUUGACUGUUCCGGUCUCGAGCCUAGAAGAUGUAAAUGCCGUGCUGAGGACCAAGAUAAGUUAGCCACUGAAUCCAUGGAGAAAAGCGUCACCAGGUUUGAAAAUGGAAAAUAUCAGAUUGGUCUACCGUGGGUGAAGUCAUCGGAGAAUCCUCCAAACAACUAUGCGUAUGCCGUCAAACGCCUGUUGAACUUAGAAGCGCAAUUCAAGAAAAAGGCAAGAGAGUGGGAAGUCUACUGUCGUCAGAUGAGAGAUCAAGUCGAACAAGGUGUCGCACGUCUAGUCCCAGCCACUGAAAUGGAGGACGACUUCCUCAACGAGAAGAAGAUGUGGUUCUUGCUGCACUUUGGUGUCAUGAAAGAUUCUAAGACAACGUCAGUUCGAGUCGUCUACGAUGGGAAAGCGAGAUAUCAGGGUCAUGCCUUAAACGAUUACCUUGCAAAAGGAGAGAAUCUCAACACAAACCUCUUUGAAGUUGCCCUGCGCUACCGAGAAUAUGUCUUGAGAGAGAGUCCAAAAGAUCCAAUCAAAGUCUACGAGUUGACAACAGUGACCUUCGAGGACAAGCCGUCACCGACGGCAGCCACCAUAGCCCUACGUCAUGUCGCCACAGAGAACGCCCCCGAUGAUCCCGAGAUUCGACACGUAGUCGAAGAGCACUUCUAUGUCGAUGAUUUGACAGAGUCACAGAGAGAUGUCGAAGAAGUCGGUAAGAUAAAACAUAAGCUUACCACCGCGUUGAACAAGGGCCAAUUUGUUAUCAGGGAUUGGUUGUCUAACAAGAAGGAGAUCUGCGAUAAACAGUCCUAUCCUCCUGAUGAAGCAACGACUGUACUAGGGACCAAAUGGAACCUGUCAGAAGAUACGCUACAAGUGAAGAAGGUCAACGAUGCUGAUACCAUUGCUACGAAACGCAACCUCUUAAAGAAAACAGCCUCCUACUACGAUGUCUUUGGUAUCCUGUCCGGAGUCCUGGUUCGACCGAAGAUAAUCCUGCAGAAGCUGUGGAAAUUCGACAUUGGUUGGGACACGCCUAUCAGCCCUGAGCGUGACAUCUACCGCAUGAUUGAAGCCGUCAAACUUGAUCUGCGAGAACUUGACACCAUCAAGGUCAACCGUUGCCUUAUUCCCCAGCGGUACCAGGGUAAAUCACCGUUGCCGAGAGUCUCACUCCAUGGUUUCAGCAACGUCUCCGAUGAUGUCAUGGUAAUGGGUAUCUGGUUGCGAUGGUCUGAAAAAGAAGAUGAUGAAGCUGAAUUGACGUUCGUUUGCGCAAGAGCCUGCUUAGCAUCUCUGAAGCAAGUCAGUAUACCACGCAAAGAACUACAAGCCAUCCUGCUCCUGUCUCGCCUGAUGUUGCAGAACACCAUUGAUCUCGUCUCCCGAGGAGUCAACGCCACUGGUAUGAAAGAAGUCAUCGAUGGACCAUCUUUCAUGAAGAAAACCCCGUCGUCCUGGCCUGAGACACAGAAGAAUGUUAACCGAGAUGAUACCGAGCUGAAGAAAUUCCAUGUUCGAAAUGCCAAGGUCCUUGCUGUGAAGUUAGACAAGGAUGAACCUGUCAUCGAUCCUACAGAAUUCUCCAGCUGGCCGCGCGCCUGUUGGUGGUCACUGCACGUGUGA